CGCCUCCCCGUGUCCGCGCCAUGGCGUCCGGCCCGGCGCUACCCCGGCUGCUCGGCGCGGGUGUCCGGCGCAGGCCGCUCCGGCUGCACGUCGUCCCGACGGCGACCCCGGGCCCGGCCGGGCCGAGCAGCAGGACGCUGGGGAGCGCCGCGGCCCCCGCCGCCCGCGAGCCCGGGAGCAGCAGCGAUCUCAGCGAGAGGAUCCUCAGCGAGCCCCUCAAGCACUCUGACUUCUUCAACGUCAAGGAGUUGUUUUCGGUGAGAAGUCUCUUCGAUGCGCGAGUGCACCUGGGACACAAAGCGGGCUGUCGGCACAGGUUCAUGGAGCCGUUCAUCUUCGGGAGCCGCUUGGACCAGGACAUCAUCGACCUGGACCAGACGGCCGCACACCUGCAGCUGGCCUUGAAUUUCACGGCCCACGUGGCCUAUCGCAAGGGCAUCAUCCUGUUUGUGAGCCGCAGCCGGCAGUUCUCACACCUGAUCGAGAGCACGGCCCGGGACUGCGGCGAGUACGCGCACACCCGCUACUUCAAGGGCGGCCUGCUGACCAACGCGCCCAUCCUCCUGGGCCCCAUGGUGCGCCUGCCCGACCUCAUCAUCUUCUUGCACACGCUCAACAACGUCUUCGAGCCCCACGUGGCCGUGAGGGACGCGGCCAAGAUGAACAUCCCCACCGUGGGCAUCGUGGACACCAACUGCAACCCGACCCUCAUCACCUACCCCGUCCCUGGCAAUGACGACUCGGCCCCCGCCGUCCACCUCUUCUGCAGGCUCUUCCAGACCACCAUCAACCGGGCCAAGGAGAAGAGGAGGCAGGUCGAGGCCCUGUACAGACUGCAGAGCCCAGAGGGGGCCGCGGGCCGGGCUCCAGCCGACCCUGCUCCCCCAGGAGCGCAGGCCGGGCUGGACUUGGGUCAUUCCCCUUGAUGGGCCACCCUCCUCCUGGGUGAAGCAGCAGCCAAGCCCGUUCCUAAGCUGGGAACAGCCCCCCAUGCCAGUCCCCUCCCUCCCCCUCCUCCCUCCCCCGUCGUCCCAGGCACUGGGUCCCUGCUACUAGGAACUUCUCAGCAGCUGCCCGCCCAGGGCUCCACGUCAGACCCACGACCCCAGCAGGCUCCCAGGGCAAGCGGCCUGUCCACAAAGGACCCAUUGGGAGCCACCUUGCCCCUGGGUCCUGCAGUCCUUGCUUCUACCUCGAGAUGAGCCCCCCCAUGGGUUGGCAGGGUUCUCACACCGGGUCGACUUUUACUCUCAGAACACCCCAAAGUCAGGCUGCUUCCUGCCGCCUGGUUUCAGGAGCCGUUUUGUAACAUGAGGCUGCAGGGCGAGCCACUCCAAGAUCCUGUCUGGGUUGGAACUGGCCGGGCAGAGCGGGCAGCACAAUUCCAACAAAUAAAACUGGGCUUCCAGCAGGACGGUGCCCGGACCAUCA